AUGGCUUAUGUGAAGAUGAGAUGGAUAUAUAUUUCCCUGGUGGUCCUGGGAGCCCUUUGUCUGUACUUUAGCCUGGAUGGUCUGAGUCCUUUCAAAGGCGAACCAUUGGUUUUCAAGAACGAAGCUGGGAACUUCCUUCAGCUCCCAGAUAUAGACUGCAGGCAGGAUCCCCCCUUCCUUGUCCUGCUGGUGACUUCAUCCCACGAGCAGACGUUGGCCCGCUCGGCCAUCCGGAGCGCGUGGGGGAGAGAAAAGAUCGUGAGGGGAAAACGAAUAAAAACGUUCUUCCUCCUGGGAACCAGCCCCAGUAAGGACAUGUCGAGAGCAGUGGCCCAGGAGAGCCGGCAGUAUCGCGAUAUCAUCCAGAAGAACUUCACGGAUGUUUAUUUCAACCUGACUCUGAAGACCGUGAUGGGUAUGGAGUGGAUCUACCGCUUUUGUCCGCAGGCAUCCUUCGUGAUGAAAACAGACUCUGACAUGUUUGUCAACACCUACUAUCUGACCGAACUGCUCCUGAAGAAAAAUAGAACAACUCGGUUUUUCACCGGCUUCUUAAAACUGAACGAAUACCCAAUCAGGAAAAGGUACAAUAAGUGGUUUGUCAGUAAAUUCGAAUAUCCGUGGGACAAGUACCCGCCCUUUUGCUCCGGCGUUGGCUAUGUUUUCUCCAGCGAUGUGGCGGGCCAGGUGUACAACGUUGCUGAAAGUGUCCCGUUCAUUAAACUGGAAGAUGUCUUUGUGGGGCUCUGCCUGGAAAAACUGCAAAUCAAACUGGAGGAACUUCACUCCAAGCAGACUUUCUUCCCCAAUGGGUUACCCUUCACCAUAUGCCGUUACAAGAAGAUCGUGGCCUGCCAUUAUAUCAAGCCUCACGAUAUCCUGAUGUAUUGGCGGGCCCUGGAAAGUUCCCUGGAAGAAGAGUGUCCAGAUAUCUGA